ACGUCUGUCUACCUCACCUCCAUUACACAUCAGUCGGAGUUGAGUAUACCUGUAGGCUCCCACGUCGUCAGCCUCAUGGCUGGGCGAAAAGGAAAUAUUUUGUGGAGGAAACCUAGGAAAUCAAGGGCAGAGAAGGAAAAAGAGGACCAAAGCAAACUCAAGUCCGAGUUGGGUCUUUGCCUUAUUAUUAGAAUUGACCAACAUGUUCGUGAAAAACUUGGUUCGGGCAUUUUAGUUGAAGACCUGGUGGUUCAUGAAGGAAAUCCACCUCAUCGUUAUCUGGUAACAAGCGACAAAGUGAUAACAGAUUUUGGUGAAUUCAUGAAAAAUUAUGUCUUAGAAUUUCGAAAGUCAGCUGAAUCUUCGAAGAAGUUGCCAGCAAUUCCAUUAAACGAAAUUGCAGCGUCAUUGAAACCUUUCAAGCCCCCAGGCAACACUUCCGGGAUAAUCUUCAUCUGCCUAAAAAGCGAAAUUGUACAAAACCUUAAAGGAAGAUUUUUAAGGGCUGAGGUGGAUGACUUACAAAAUUAUGAAAAUUUUUAUUGUCUCUUUGUUGAUGUUUUACCUCAAGAUUUUGUAAAAUGGUUAAGAAUUAAGAAAAAUGGCUCAGGAAAGUACGUGGUCGAAGAAGAUGGUAGUUCUUACACUACAUACGAGUCACUUAAGAACAAUCCCGGAUAUAGACCUCUUGGUGGUGCCAUCUUUAAAGAAGUCAAAGGCAAACAUAAAUGUGUUGGAAUGCUUGAUUUCACAGACGAUGAAGCAAAGACCCUAUCGCCUGUUUUCUUCUCAUCUAUUUUUCCACGUAAAGGCCAAGGCAAACUAGGUAAAGGAGAAGGAGAACCACCAGCAAGGGAACCAGAGUGGGGAGAAGCAGGACAACUACAGCAUCAAGGAAAUCUAGCAAAGAAUAGCAGCCAUGAGGGGAUUCAGCAGGAGGGGGAAAAGGAGGAGGAGGAGAAGAAGAAGAUCAAUAAACAGGGGAACAAGAACAAGACUGGAGGAGAAAAAGAACAGCAACCAGAAAAAGGAGAAGGAAGAGGAAAGGAAGAAGGAGCAGUUGGAGGGGCACAAAGUUGUUCAGAACAAGGAAAUUCAUCUCUCAAUCUAUUGGGGAUUGGCAGCUAUGACAUAACCAUUGAACCAGCAAGGAUUCCUUUGGAGGGAGGAGUACCUUGCUGUUUCUUGUUUAUACCUGACCUGCCCUUAGAUAUAUCUUCUGGAACUGCAAAGUUUGUUUGCAACCCUGGGGGUGUUGUUACACUGGAUGGUGUUAAAAACCAUGCAAACCGUCUUGUUGGAAGAAGAAUUCCUCCUGCUGAAAAAGAAGGUUGGGUCACCGUGGGAGUGGUGGGAAAAAAUGACAAGACUGGUAAAUGCAAUGGUCUUGGAGAGACAAAAAUUUAUUACUUUGAUGAACGCAGAAAGGCCCUUGAGGAGAUAGUCAAGAAUGUAGAGCAGUUUCGCGAAUUUUUCGAAACAUGGAAACCUCCUCCUGAAAGAUACUCCACUGCUAGCAGAGUAACAACGAUGAAAUCCCCUAGCUCUGGGCCCAUGGAUUCAGAUAAUCCUUUACAUUCACUUCAAGGCUUAAUGCUGUUGGUGUAUACAGCAGCAGAAACUGAUGCUCGGCAGUUCAUUGAAUUAAUCUUCAAUUCAUCAGCUGGAAGAGUAGUCUUUAAUGCAUACAGGUGUAAUUCGCUAUUACCAGAAGAUGUUGCGAGAGCUUUUGGCCACGAAGGCACUGCGCAGUAUCUUGAAUCCAUCAGUAAAAGAUUGUCUGAGGAUUUAAGCGUCAAUGAAGAAGACUUACAGGCAAGUCAUAUUUUAGAGCUUGCUGAUGCAGUCAGCAAUCAAUCGACUAUGGAGCGGCCAUCAACGAAGCCAAAUCACGACAGUGAACAUGAAAGUACCAGAGGUCCUUUUAGGGCUUACGCAACACAGCGAUGGUCCUUCAUGAAUCGAGUAGGACGGGUUACUCUCCAUUGCAAAAAAUGCGACACAGUACUGGCUACAAAACAAACUCUGAUUUUGGCCAAAGUACCCCCCUCUGAAACACACUUGGCCGUCAGGGAGGGGAAGGAGGAACAAGUGGAAGGAAAACUUCAAAAGGUCAAAAAUAGGGGCGAGAAAAAUCCGCAUUUUUGCCCUUUCAAUUUUUAUUGCCGAGAGUGUUACGAACGUGUUGCAAACGUAGCAAGAGUCGCAGGGAAGCAGCUAAUUUGUUUUGGAAUAAAGAGUGUCUACAUUUGUCACUGUGGAAAACAGAUAAAGGCAAACAAACUGUCAAAAGUGACUAAGGAGUUGGAAGAAGAGUGUGGCAUUGAAGUUGUCAACGUUACGACGUUUCCGCCAGAAACAGGAAGAGCAUACCAAUCCCGUGGAGAUAGCCAAGCCAUGGUUUAUUGUGAUACAUGUGGGUGGACUCACACGUCACACGAAAUCGAUUCUUUAACUCGUCAAGUCCCGCGGGACUAUCAGAGGGAGUUGUUCCUUUCUGCCAUGCGCGGUAAUACGCUGGUAUAUCUACCCACUGGCUCAGGAAAAACCUUGAUUGCAGUCAUGGUGAUGAGUUGUAUGAAGAAGUUGAACCCAAGAAAAGUUAUGGUAUUCCUCGUCGACCGAGUACCGUUAGCGCACCAACAACGUGAUUACAUCAAGUCACAACUGACGGAUUUAACGGUGGAGAUGCUGGUCGGUGAUAUGGAGUCGCCUCAAGAUAUCAGUAUUCGUCAAAAAUUAGCUAAUAACAAAGUUGAUGUGCUGGUUUUAACACACCAGAUUUUUCUUAAUUUUUUAGCUGCGAAGAACAACGCACCCAUUCGUCUGUUUGAUGUUUCAGUCCUGGUGUUUGAUGAGGCGCACCACUGCAGCGGAAACCACCCGUACAACAAGAUCAUGGAGCACUACAAAAAGACACCAGAGCAGUUUAAACCUGUUGUGCUCGGUCUGACAGCCUCACUGGCUGGAGAGCUUACUGUCGAAAGUACCAGCGAGAAACUCGAAAAGCUCCUUGAGAACUUGGAUAGUGCAUUAGCGAUACCCGUAGAGUCGGAUUUGUUGAAUCAUGUUGAUAUCCAAGGCGUGAUUUAUGAAGGAUCUGACUGCAUGAACACUGAUCAAGUUCUCCUCCAGCAACAUAUUGAAGAACACAUCGAAUAUCUGAUAGAAGUGCACUUCCUGGAUGUACCAGAUCCUCAAAAAUUUGCGUCUCUUGUAAAUUCGCCGAAUAUUACAGGAGCGCGGAGAAAGCUGAUCGAAAGUUACCAUGGUAACAAGAAAUCCUUUAAAGCGCUGACCGUUGCUGAGCAUGCAAUGCACUUGCUCGGCGUUGUUGAAGUUUGCGAGGUUCUUGGUUACCAGUAUGCUGUUGAAAGUCUCAAAGAAUGUGUGUACCGCAUUGUUUACGCUAAAUCGCCGAAAGAUGGUGCCCUGAACAGGUUAAUUGGAGGUCAACGUACUUUUCAAGCCCUCAAAAAUUUGGCAGACCAGGCAUGUAGGGCUGACCAAGCUCGUGUAGUUGUUAUGUCGGACAAGUACAAUAUUCUUGUGAAGCACAUAAAGCAGUUUCUUCGCCAAGCUCGGGAAGAUCCAACUUCUAGAGGCAUCAUCUUUGUGAGCUUACGCAAAACGACCUUCAAACUGUGCGAGCAGAUUCGAGAGAUCCCGAAUGUGACCAAAAUGUUAAAUCCCUACCCUUUUGUCGGCCAUGGUCAAGGAAGCUAUGACGGAAUGACGUGGAAAGAUGAACAGGAAAAGCUGUUGAAAAAGUUCAGAGAAGGAGAAUCCAAGCUGCUGAUUUGCACGAGUGUUUUGGAGGAAGGACUGGACAUCCCCAAAUGCAACCUGAUCGUUUGCUUUGAGGAUGCGACAACUCUGCAGGCGCUAACUCAGACCCACGGGCGCGUGUUCCGUAGAUCCAACAGCAAGUUUGUCGUUAUCUGCAAUGAAAAAGAAGAUAAAGAUGCCAAAGAUCUGUUUCUCAAGGAAGAGAACAGGGGAAAAGCCAUCAAAUAUUUGAUGAGUAACCCGAAGCGGCAAUCACAAGCACAGAAAUUCGGAUGCGAAGUGAAAAAACCUAUUGAGCUUGUUAUCCCUGGCGCAGUGGAAAGUGGUGUGGAUACUUCUCCAGUCAUGCGCUGCAGCACUCGCAUAUCUGUCAUGGUGCACAAUAUGGUCGGUGAAACAUCCCGUGUGAUAGAUUUUCUGAACCACAAUUUUCGCGUGGUAUCUUCAAAGCCAAUUCAGUCCACUUCAUCGCUCGGUGAAGCACUUAUAAAGAAACCCGUAUCAGACGAUAUGGCCUUUGAACUCGAACCAAGCUAUAAUGAAGAAGCCAAGGAGUUUCGCUCAAAGGAAGAGUUUGCUUGUCACGUAAUAGAAGUGUGGUGCAUGCGCCUCACCAACAGUGACGAGGAACCCCUUCCGGUUUGGCUCCAGGUUCCACCAUUAGAGACACACGGGAAAUCUAACAAACCGUUUCAUUGGUUUAAAGCAAGUUCUUUAUGCCUCGGUACUUUUAUAAGUCGAUGCCAUUUUCAUUGUGAGUGGCCUCUAAAGCCUACACUAAAGGACAUUAAGAUGCAUUUUGACCACAGCUUCAAGAUGCUGACCUUGCAUGUCUCCAGGCAAUCUCCUGUCGUUCCUGAUCAAGAUGCUGUUGUUAGAGUUUCUUAUAAGAUAGACCUUCGCUACGACGAGAUUGAGGAUUUCAUAAUCGUGGAUACUGAUAGUAGUGCAGAAGCCAUUGACGUUUUCCUGACGGCGAGACACCCUCCACGGCUGUAUAAGCAGGAGGUACCGGUAAUGGAAGAUUUCUUCGACCUCGUUCAAAUAGAUGAACAAGACGAUGAAGAUGCUUCAGUCACCUCGACAAGUGACGAUGAAUCGGAAACUGAGGGCUUCUCGACCGACGAAGAAUACGCGGAUGAAAUAACCGCCGAUUUCAGAGACGCUUCCGUAGAUCUCUUACGUAAUCUCACAGACUAUAGAAGCUGGGAAAGGGCGUCAGAUUUCCACAAUGGUGAGAACGCCGUAAGCCAGUGCUUUACCUAUUGUGUCACAAUGCCAUUUCAUGAAGUUGUCCAGUUGAGACGCUUUUUGACCACAGUCGAGAAAAGAUUCCACAAAAGUGCAUUUUACUGCCGAGUGAAGGAGAGCUAUGGGAAAUUACCAGAUGUUGACAUUCCCGAUAGUUUGCCAUUUGAAGUCAAAUAUGCCGCUGGAAGUGUCCUCAGUUUUCAUCCUUUGAUUCGCGGAAGAGUGCUACCAGGAAAGUUUGGUAGACUUUUGCUGAGGAAGUCUCCCAAUAUAGCUAUUGCCGCUUUGGAAAAAUUGAGUAAAGUGCUAGAAAAAGACAAGUUCUGUGACCCAGGCAGCACUCUGGAGUCGCUACUGAAACAAAACAAUCUGUCUACAUCCGAAAUGUUCAACAGGCUGGUCCCAGGCCAUUGUGCUUUGGUAAAGCGCGCGGUCAUUACCCCAACGAGGCUGCUGUUUUACCCACCAGAAGUCAUGGUCACGAAUCGCGUGCUCAGAAAAUAUGUUACAAACGACUUCCUUUGUGUCAGUAUUCGUGACGAAGACCUGUCAAAGAUGUCCGCAGCAAGAGGGAACAUCGAUGACAUAUUAGACGGAGUAAAUCGUAAAUUAGAUGAAGGACUAGUGAUUGCUGGUCAGCGGUUUCAAUUUAUAGGUUCCUCGAACAAUCAGCUUCGUAACCAUAGCUGUUGGUUUGUGGGGCCCAGUUCUCUACCGGAUGACAUACGUCGCUGGAUGGGAGACUUCACUAAUAUCAAGUGUGUUGCCUCAUACAUGGCACGUAUGGGUCAGUGUUUUUCCAACUCUUUAGACGCUGUGGGGUUUGCAACCAGUGACGAUACUUAUUUUGACAAAGAAAAUGAUGUUGAGACAGCUGACCGAAAAUACUGCUUCUCCGCCGGAGUCGGAAAAAUAUCUGAAAAGUUGGCCGCAGAGGUUGUCCGAAAAAUUGGUAAACCAUUCAAACCAUCCGCAUUUCAAGUCUGUUUCGCUGGCUACAAAGGAGUCCUUGCGCUAGAUCCCAGACUUCCAGGGAAACGGGCCAUCUUUCGUGAGAGCAUGUUCACGUUUGAUAGCUUUCACCGUACACUGGAAGUAUUGCAGACGUCUCGUCCCCAGGUCGUUUUCCUCAAUCAUCAGGUGAUCAUGCUUCUGUCUAACCUCGGAGUCCCGGAUGAAGUCUUUAUCAAAUUGCAAAAUGACAUGUUAGACAAAAUGGCAGGGAUGCUUGUGAAUGAACGUAAUGCUAUUCAGCUACUGAGGAGUGGAGCCAAAAUGGGCGUCUCUUAUCACAAUGUUUCCAAUGCAGGGAUACCGCUGACAACAGAGCCAUUCUUUAAAUCACUUUUGGUGGCCAUGUACCGAAAUCACUUGUACGAACUGCUUUCCCAAGCCCGCAUUCUUUUGCCAUCAGCAGAAGCACGCUUAAUGAUGGGUGUGAUGGACGAGUUAGGUGUAUUGAAACCUGGCCAAGUUUUCGUACAGUAUUCCGCGGUUGAAACACGUGAGGAUCGGGAUGACGAGUUUAACAUGAACAAAAAAAUUGUGCUUAGGGGACCGGUGGUGGUUACUCGUAAUCCAUGUUUACAUCCGGGAGAUGUACGUCAGCUCGAGGCUAUUGACGUACCAUUUCUCGGUCAUCUUGUGGACUGCGUCGUUUUCCCAAGUCGAGGGUCGCGGCCACAUCCUAACGAGAUGGCAGGCGGUGAUUUGGACGGUGACCUAUACUUCGUCUGUUGGAGUAAAGACCUGUUACCAAGGAAACCAAAUUACUCGCCAAUGUACUAUCCGUCACUUCCUAAACUGGAGCAAACUGAGCCAAUCACUACUCGCGACAUGACCAAGUUUGUGGUGGAUUACAUCCGGUCUGACCAGUUAGGCGUGAUUGAAAACGCGCAUAAGGCUUUGGCGGAUACCGAGAAAGACGGCGUGCAAUCCGAGAUCUGUCUUUUUCUUGCAGAACUGCACUCUUUGGCAGUUGACGCACCUAAACCGGGAAAAUGGUCUGAUACUAUGGGUAUUGGGAAUAUAAAAAAGCUUCCUGAUUUCAUGAUGAACAGCGAAAAGCCAAGUUAUCCCUCUGAAAAGGUUCUAGGAAAGCUCUAUCGACGCUGUCGCAAGUUUAAAGAUACUACAUCUGAAAAAUACGAUCAAAAAGUCCGUUUGGACGAGUCCUUCCUGUUGCCAGGAAACGAUAGCUUCGUUGAAAACGCCAAAGAAAUCUAUUCUUGGUAUCGUGACAAGAUGGAGAGUUUAAUGUGGGUGUACGGCAUCGAAACCGAGGCAGAAAUCAUCACUGGCUGUUUCAUGAAGCUUCGAAAUCGCUUGCGGAAAGAAAAAACGGAUAUUGCCGAACUCGUCAGCGAAGAGCUGUUCACGAUACGCUCGUACCUCCGUCGUGAAUUCUUUCGUGAAUUCGUCAGCGAUGGACAGUGGUUAAAAGACGAUGUGCGGAUUUCGGAUGAGAUGCGUUUGAAAGCCUCGGCUUGGUACAGAGUGGCUUACACGCAUGCGCAUGAUCACGCUUAUGAUUCAGACCCAAGUCCUCAGAAGAGACUACUCGGUUUUCCUUGGUUUAUUAAUGACGUCAUGCUCGCCGUCAAAACGCAGAAAGAUCGACCUAGUCAGCCCCAGGCCUUAGACGUUUGCGCAACCGUGGGUCAGAGCCUUGUUCGAUUGUUUCACGAAGAGAAGGCCUGGCUGCUUGAGGAGUUCAGAGCUCGAAUAAGAACAAAGAACGUUAUAUAUCGCCAUCUCCAGGCUGCUGAUUCCACUUUUUUGUUGACUAUCAUUGGCUCUACGGCUACACUGCUAUUUCACAAGACUUCGAAUCUGGAUUUGUGCUUUUUAACUCGGGGUACCCAGGCACGAAACCUACUUGCUCUCGCUGUGGUGCCACCAGAAGGAAAUAACACUUCGAUUGAGGAACAAGCGAAAGUAUUGAAGUCCCUGAUUCCUCUCUUGAAAGAGGAGACGUCAGAGCAACAAGAACAAGAAGACGAAAACGUUAAGAAUCUCUUCUGGAAAGUUCGUCUUGUCAACAAAGAGCAUUUCCCCGUCCUUUCAUGCAAGCGGCCAACAGUGAACCUGGUAGAUGGCAGUAAUUGCUCACCAACCCUUUCUUGUGAUUUUAGUUCAUCCCCAGGCAGUUUAACAGUAGCCACUUUGCUGUCAAGCUACGUGAAGUCCGACCCUCAUCUCCUAUUGGUGCUCCGUGCUAUACAUCGAUGGUGUUGCGUUACAGGGCUGUCGCGCAACGCGGCUGGCACUGGAAACACUUCAAACUUGCUCGCUGCCCUUUUCUUAGCCCAAUGCAUGCACAACAGGCAGAUUGAAAACAUUAACGAGGAGCACGUUUUGGAAACGAUGGCACACCAAAUGCAAGAUUGCGCAAAACAUGGUAAGCAGUACAUGGAGUUGGAAAAUGUCAUAGAAUCCCUUGAAGCUCUCCAGAACGAGUCCCAGUUCCCUCAGGUGGAACCAGAUAUAACCCAAAUUGGCCAAAUGCUGGUGAAUUUUUUUCAAGCACACGACUCGUGUUUUGAAAGAGAACUCCCACAAUCUCUCGCACGUCUUUUCGGUGCACCAAAGCUCUCAGAGCUUCUAAAGAAAGAUCAUGUAGUCCUCUUGAAAGAACAAAUGCAACGUGCUUAUCAGCUUCUGGCGUCAUUUGGAGACGCAGGGAUCAUGUUGACCAUCAGUGGCUCCGAAGAUUACAGCGUAAUUUUUCUUUCGCCGCUCCUUUCCUCGUACAUGGCGGGCGUUGGGAAAAUUAGAGCUCGAGAAAUAGCGCAAAAGACUGGAGCGACGAGCGUCAUUAUUCGCCCCAAUUUUUCAAGAUCACGUUCCUCAGUUCUCGAGGUAGAAGGAAGUGAGCCCGCGAUACGAGCAGUGGAGAGGAAGCUGGAAGAGAUGAGCACACUGGUAUCACGUGACAGGGUAUUGCUCAUGAGUGGCUGUUUUGUAGAAGACGCAAGUCUGCUUGUGUUUGAAGGAAGCCGAAGUCAAAAUGAUUACGUGUCUCUGACACCAUAUGAUGGGCGUUGUCAUCAGACACACGACUUAGCGGCCCUGCGUAUCGCUUCGCUAGUAAACGGCACGAACGACGUAAGUUACACGUACCGCUGUUUUACAGAAAAAUUCUUUCAACAACUGCGAUUACUUGAAAGAGAUUUCGAUCGUCAGGUCCAUGGCUCUCGUGAAUUUGCAGUUCACUUUGGACGAGUCUAUAUGCUCAAUGUUCCGCUCACUUCGCUUGAAGAUAGCGAGUCCGUCACUAUUGCAAUGUUGCGAACAAAUAAGCUGAAACCAAGUAUUUUAAAAGGAGAUAGAAGUCCUCCAGAAACAGUCACUUACGUCAAUCAAGAAGAAGAACUCACUCUGCAAAAAACGAGACGGGCAAAACGUAGUGUGACAUUGAGCGAAACCAAGAAGAGGUGGAAAGGCGGAAAUCCUUCGAGAAGCUCCUUGUUCACAUGUGUUCACUCGCCGGACAGAGUGGAGACUUUUCUUCAUCGGUCCGGAUUCCAGCAAGAUGGAAAUCCCACUGAAAACUACUCAGUAGACAUUUCGAUUUGGAUUUUGAAUGAAGAGUUAGAAUUUUGCGUCAGGUUCGAUGAGAAAUUCAACUUUGUCGAAGUAAAGCUUCCAAAUCUACGCUGGUUUAUGGUGGAUGUCAAGAGGCCAUACCAGCACCAACACAACGGUGGCGUCGCACAAGAUGGCGUACAUGCAGAUGACAACUUCAUUUUAGACGGCAGGGAAACAGACGUUCGUUUCUUGUUGGAAUCCUGCUAUGGUUUGUCGCAGAACGACAUCCGGGAUACCAAAUACGCCAAGUAUCAGCGUAUUCUCAAACCCAUUUCAUUUCAGAAGCCAUUUACAGUUCAGGAAGAGUUAUGGAAAGAUGUACGACUUAUUCGUCACUACAAGUCCAAAAAGUUCACAUGCGCUUCACGUGGUCAAGGUGAAUUCUUUAAUGGUCUCACAGCAUACCUCAACGAGGUGACGGAAUAUUCCAGACCAUUAGGGCCAGAGAAAGUCGGUGAAUUCAGAGAAAUACACACUCGUUGGGAAGUGUCUUUAGAGGCAAAGCUUCCAGAAGAUUUAACAGAAAAGGAAACUGUCAAAACGUUCUUAGAGGAAGUAUGGAAUUACGCACUUGCUUUGUCCUCAUUUGUAUCGAAGUAAAAUGACAGAUGAUCUAGGUUAAUGCCAGCCAAUUAAGAGGCCUCCUUUAAUUGGAAAAUUCUUCACGAGAAAUGUUAGAAUUGCUGAAACGUUUUUGCGUCACAGAAUGUCAAAAUCACUCGAUGCAAGCUCUAGUAGCUUAGAUAAAGGGUGUACAACAAAUUAUUUCUGUACAAUUUUAAUAGUCAUUUUUUGCAUUUCUUGACGUUCAAGAAAUGCAAAACUAAAAUUGAGCUAACCAGUCCGCCGCCUGGUUAGCU